CGCGGCAUGAUGACGUCUCUUCACUACCAACAUGGCGAAGAAACAACGUGGGAAAGCUACUUCGUCGUCAAAGACGGCGGAUAUCGAAAAACAGACACAAAAUUUCAGUUUAGUGCUUACGUCCAGUGACGAUGAGGAGCCCGAAGAGGUGACCUUUGAAGACUCAAAGGCUCAGGCUUUACGGAGCAUGAAACAGGCGCUGGACUUAGCCAGAAGGGAAAAAGAGCUGCUGAAAGAGAAGAGAAGGAAGAAACAGGAGUUAUUCCAGGAACAGAAGAAAAGAAAACUCUUACCGGCUGACGUGUUGGAGGAAAUCGACUCGGCUCCUUCAAAGAAGCAGAAACAGUCCGAAGAUGAAGCUGACGAGGAGCAGCAGGAGGUUGAAGAGGAGGGAGAGGACGAGACGAGGAAGAAGAAAAAGAAGAGGAGUGGGAAACUGGUGCAUGCCCGAAAUCUGAAGGGAAACUACACAGUGACGACGGUGAAGGCGCGAGCGUCGGCGUCCUCCCAGCAGCAGACGGCCGAAGAUUUCAUCCAGUCCAGACUGUACGGACCAGGAAGCUGCAGGACCACAAGUAACGAGCUGCUCUCCCUCCAGAACAAGAAGGGGAGAAAUAAAAGUGCAGCAGUGCAGUUUGUCAAGAAAGACUGGGCUUGUAAAGAAAAAGCCAAAGCAGAGAAGCUGAAGAAGAGGUGGCUCCACAAGCAGCAGAUUCCCUCCUGAUGACCGACUGGGCGUCUCCAGAAACCUCGACCUACACCGGCCUGAGCGGCACAGACUGAAUUUAAAGGGACGCCUUUCAGGUUUUGGGCCGGGACCGGCUCUAGACAACAAAUGAUACUGACUUGAUGUGGACACAGGAGCAGUUUGAAUCCCUCAGUUCAUCACCAAGAUUCAAGCAAAUGAUAGAAACUUAUAGGACAAUGGAGACGUGUGAUUACACCAAAAAAAAAAAAAAUCAGACUGAUGAAGUUUGUCCUUUUUCACUGCUUAACAACCCAUAAAUGGAUUUCUCAUAACCUGAACUUAAAAACCUUGCGUUGGUACGAGGUUCUUACUUGUUUGUGGACAUUUCCCCAUAUAUCAACCAUCAGCUGUUUUCUUAAAGAGCAGAACGUGAAGAUAUUUGUUUAGUGUUUUUAGUUAUCUGUAAUAACUUUAUACUCAAGUUCAUUGCUCACAUCUAAAGAAUCAGAUGACCUGCUCUUUGUUUUCUGUAAAAAUUACUAUUAAAAUCUCGUUAUAUCUGUA